UUCCUUAUAACGACAUUUCCGGCUUGUUGCCUGUUGUAAACACAGCGAACAGCUGGACGCGGCCCCGUCUGCUCGUCAAACAAAGCCAACAUCUGUGUCACCUGCUGGAGCCAAAGCCGUCGCUUUACUCCGCAUUUAGCGGUGACUUGUGACUCCCUCCGCGGCUACCUGCUCCGAGCUAAGCUACCCUGUGGGUCGGGUGGUCCCCUGAGGCUCAGGUUCACCGCUGAGUUCUGCCCGCAGAAAGACGUGUUCUCUCUCUCAUGGUGGUUUCAGGUCAAUGGGGAACUGUUUAUUUUCACAAGGCGGGGAUGACCUUUCGCUGCUGAACGACUCCGAGGGGGGCAGUCUGCCCGGAGAGCCCCCGCCGCCCUAUCAGCAGCACACCCCACCAGGGCCAGUCUUCCAUCCCACCCCAGGUGAGAGUCGUUCGGCCAGCCAGCUGACCGAGGAGGAGCAGAUCCGCAUCGCUCAACGUAUCGGACUCAUCCAGCAUCUUCCCAAAGGUGUCUUCAACCCAGGCUCUGACCCCUCAGAGAAGAAAGUUAAAGAGUGUGUGAUCUGCAUGAUGGAUUUUGAAUAUGGUGAUCCCAUUCGGUUCUUGCCUUGCCUCCACAUCUACCACCUGGACUGCAUCGACAGUUGGUUGAUGCGCUCGUUCAUCUGCCCGUCCUGCAUGGAGCCCGUAGACGCAGCCCUGCUGUCUUCCUAUGAAACCAACUGAGCACCCACCCACCUCCCUCCACCCACAUCCACCUUGUGGCUGCUCAAGCUCUUAUCCAGAAGUAACUGCACCUUUUUGUUUUUUUCUUUUUUGCCAGAACAUAGCCUGGCUGUUUUAAAGAAGGUAGCCAAGGUGAUGCGGCCCUGUGCAUAUAUUUGUAAGGUCUUUGGGGAUGAAGAACAGUUGCUACAGUGCAUUAUAGAGAUUUGAUACACACCUUUUUUGAAGAAAAUUUGCCGUUUUAGCAUGAGGAAAGUGUGCCAAAUCUAGUCAGCAAACGUUGUGCAAGCGAGAAAUGACAAAAUAUCAGGAUUUUUAAAGUAAUUUGUAGAGUUUGCUUUCCCUUUGAUGGUGUAAUAUCCGUGAUUUCAUUUGGGGAGAUUUAUCUGACUUAUGUGAGAAGCAUUGUUUCUCAAGUUGCCAAUGAAAACCUGAAGUGAAAGUGAUGAUUUUCUUUGAGAGAACCAAUGGUCUGGGAUGUUGCAGAAACACAUUCACGUUAGUUUUCCAAAGCUAAAUAAAGUUGACAGGACUGAUUGCUUUUCCAAUGUUAUCAGUUCACCUAUUGGCCUGAUUUGAGGAUUUUUCUCUUUUGCUAGCAUUAGUUGUGUUGUUGAGUCAAGCUUUUCCUCUAUAGCUGCUUUAUCAAUAAGAUUUAAAAUACAGUCCUUGCAGUUUCGACUUUUUAAAGUUUACUGUCAGAAACAUUUACAAAAACACAACUUCCUGUUCAGUCUCCCUUAAAGCACAUCAACUUCCUCAUCUUAAAGUCUGCAGCUUGUAGACUCCAUGGAGGAUUGUGUGUGUCUGUGUGUGUGUGUGUGUGUGUGUGUUUGUUUCGGGAACGGUUGUUUGAGACGGGCAUGUCCAGUGUGACUUCCUGUCUUUUUUCUUUGUUUUUGUUAUGUGGUUUUGAACUUCUGUCAGUAACUUACAAUUUUCCAAAGUUUCUGAGUUUGGUAGCACAAAAUAAUCUGGCCUUUCGAUGUCCAGCAUGUAAUGUGAGGCUGACUCUGUGUUGCGUUGGAAGAACUGGUGAUACAGGAGCUACAGCAGUAGGAAGGGAUUCAAACUGAAUGUAAAUUAUGACUUCAACCGUUAAGAUACUUGAGUAUGAGGACAUUUCUGAUUUACUGUGCGCUCACUGUGCCUUUGUCAAAGGUUGAUGUAAGCCAAGUUCUGUGAAGUACAAUCAGUUUUGACUUUUACUCUGUCGUUCUUUAGUUUUCCUCUAGGAGGAGACACAUACCAGCACAAUGUUUCACAGGUCUGUUUAAAGAAGCUAGAAAUGUAAUCUGGCGGCUGGUAACAAACACCAACAGUCUGUAUGUGUUUUAAUUUAUAAUGUGUGGAAAAAUUGCACAAAAUUUAGAAAAGGUAUAAAAUCAUAAUAAAGUGAAUUAUAUAUCUUUUCA